GCUGGCCCGAGCGGCUCCCGACGCCUCUCGCUCUCUGUGUGAUCGUGCACCGCGCCCGCUCCCCGCCCGCCAUGUCGAGCCACGGGGUCCAGGGCACGCACCCGGUGCCGGCGGCGGCGCCGAGGAUGGCCAGGCGCCUGCGCGCGCGGCUCAGGCAGGCGGACGAGCGCUCAGCCUGCGCCGCCACCGACGCGACGGACUCCUCGGGUGACUCCGUGGACACGCCCAGGGACCUGGUGGACGCCUUCUCCCGUGGCUCGGUGAACCACCACAAGGGCCAGUGCACGCCGUGCCGCAGCAACGGGAGCGGCGCUCCGUGCCCGCGCGGCGCGAGGUGCGAUUGCUGCCACUUCUACCACGGGCCGGAGAAGUUCCUCGCCAUGAAGCGCUUCGCCGCCAAGCCGAGGCAGCAGCACCGCACCCGCGCGGAUCCGGAGGGCGGGUGGCCCACCGCACCCGUCGUCUGUGAGGCGCCGCGGCCGACGCAGCAGCACGAGAAGGCGUGCGCCUCCGGCUGGCCAGGGACGUUCCUGCCAGCCGUGGGGGCCGCCAUCGGUCACCUGAGCCCCCAGCAGCUGGAGGCGGUGCUCAUGGAGGCGGCGCCAGACUACUACGAAGACUGA